GAUCACUGCAACAGCUUCUUGCAGUGGAGGAGAGAGUUUGGGCUCAACUCCAACUCCAAGUACAGCAUGGAUCAGCAAACAGCAUGUACUCGCCCAUCCCCCAGAGUGGCUCUCCAUUCCCAGGCUCAGUGCAGGACCCCGGCCUCCACGUGUGGCGGGUGGAGAAGCUGAAGCCAGUGCCGGUGGCACCAGAGAACCAGGGCGUGUUCUUCUCGGGGGACUCCUACCUAGUGCUGCACAAUGGCCCGGAAGAGCUCUCCCAUCUGCACCUGUGGAUAGGCCAGCAGUCGUCCCGGGAUGAGCAGGGCGCCUGCGCUGUGCUGGCCGUGCACCUCAACACCCUGCUUGGGGAGCGGCCUGUGCAGCACCGCGAGGUGCAGGGCAACGAGUCCGACCUCUUCAUGAGCUACUUCCCCCGUGGCCUCAAGUACCAGGAAGGCGGUGUGGAGUCAGCCUUUCACAAGACGUCCCCAGGCACCCCAGCGGCUAUCAAGAAACUCUACCAGGUGAAGGGGAAGAAGAACAUCCGUGCCACCGAGCGGGCGCUGAGCUGGGACAGCUUCAACACUGGGGACUGCUUCAUCUUGGACCUGGGCCAGAACAUCUUUACCUGGUGUGGUGGGAAGUCCAACAUCCUGGAGCGCAAUAAGGCGAGGGACCUGGCGCUGGCCAUACGGGACAGUGAGCGACACGGCAAGGCCCAGGUGGAGAUCGUCACUGAUGGAGAGGAGCCGGCCGAGAUGAUCCAGGUCCUGGGCCCCAAGCCUGCUCUGAAGGAGGGCAACCCUGAGGAAGACCUCACGGCUGACCAGACAAAUGCCCAGGCCGCGGCUCUGUAUAAGGUCUCUGAUGCCACUGGACAGAUGAACCUCACCAAGGUGGCUGACUCCAGCCCCUUUGCCCUCGAGCUGCUGAUACCUGAUGACUGUUUCGUGCUGGACAACGGGCUCUGUGGCAAGAUCUACAUCUGGAAGGGGCGAAAAGCUAACGAGAAGGAGCGGCAGGCAGCCCUCCAGGUGGCCGAGGGCUUCAUCUCCCGCAUGCGGUACGCCCCACACACUCAGGUGGAGAUUCUGCCCCAGGGCCGUGAGAGUCCCAUCUUCAAGCAAUUCUUCAAGGACUGGAAAUAAGGGUGGGCAUCUCUCUGCCCGCUACUCCCCUGCCCUCAUCUUCUGCUUUUUCCUCCUCUGGCUGCCUGGGCAGUGCUGAGUGCUCCCUGCAGAUGUUCAAUAAAGGAGAUGAGUGCGAGUGCUUUGCCCUGCCCUUGCCUGCACCACCCUUCCUGAGCUGAUUCUCACUUUCUCACCUAUUCACCUGGGUUCAUCCCCGUGCUGGGGGCCGAGUGGGACACAGAUGACAAUUCUGGAGUCUCCAGGAGCCGAGCUGCUUUGCAUGACUGAGGAGUCCCAGAGGGGCUGGCAGGUACUGCUGUGAAUCCAAUAGGGAGGUGGCGCAGCGCCAGGCCUGGAUCGCUUUCUGCUGGGCUCAGUUCGGGCUCACCUUCCCAGCUGGGGAAGGCUGUGGAAGGGCUUGGGAUUCGGCUCCACUCAAGCCAGUGUUUCCUCAGAUGCCCUAAUAAACCACUGCGAGGCAGCAGCUUCA